AUGAACAACUUCAACAACACACCCAACUACAACCCCAACAGCCUACCCACCCUCAACAACGGUAUGGACCAGACCUUCUACGCCAACAUGGACAACAACAUGAAUAACACACACAAUCUAGGAAUGAAUUACCUGUCCGCAAACCACCCCCUCUACACCACCUUCAGCUACUGCAUCGUCUUCUCCAACCUCCCCGACCAGCCCUGGCCAUCCUACAACCUCCUCACGCAAUGCCUCGACAAGGUCCGCGCGCGCGACGCAAAAGUCUACUCCUCCCUCGACGCGAUCCAGCGCUACAACGGCGUCAAGACGGGGGAUCUGAUCCUCUCGUUCACGGCUGCGGCUGCGACGGACGGGGUCAUCUGGACGAGUGCUGAGGGGGUCAUUCUCCAUCAGAUGAGGUAUUGGGAUCGGGAUCGGAGGAUGGCCGGGUGGGCGCUUGUGGGGGAGUAUGGGCUUGCGCUGUGA